AUGGAAAAAAGUCUUUCGGAAGAUAAUAAUAACAAUAAUAAUAUUAAUAAUGAUAAUAAUAAUAACAAUAACGAUAAUAAUAAUAAUAUCCACAGUAACAUGGAAUCAAGUUUCGAAAUUCUGAUGAAGAAGCAUCUUGAAGAGGUUGAGAAGCAGAAACAAAUGAACAAAAUUCUUCAAGAGCAAGUUAUCAAAUCUGGAAAGAAUGCUGAAUCCAUCAACAACAACUUCAACGCCAAUAACAACAAUGACACUAAUAACACCAACGUUAACAAAGACUUGAAGACUGCAAUUAUGGCCAACAACAACAUUAACAAAAUCAACACAAACAACAACAACAAUUUCGACAAGAGAAUAUUUUCUCACCGCUACUCAAAAGACUUCCUAACCAAAACCAACCCAACGAAAUUUUCAUCAAUCCAACAACAACAGCAGCAGCAGCAACAACAACAACAACAACAACAACAAAACAACAAAAACACAACAACAAACGAAUUAGAUUAUUUGAAGGUUCUUUGUUUGACGUACGAAAGUGAGAUUGAUGACGUUAGCGUUCAAUUAAAAUUCGUCCAAUCCGAGUUAGAAGCAAAGAACAAGUUGCUAGAAGAAAAUGAAAUUGACAUAAAACUGAUGUCCAAAGACAUAAAAGAGUUGGAGAGUAUUAUGGAAAGCUUGAGGAAAGAAAAACAGGCCGUAGAAAACAGUUUUCAAGAAGUUUCUCUGGAAAACCGGAAAUUGAGAGAUGAUUUGAGAAUGUCUGAAAGUUCGAUGGAAAAAUUGAAAAGCGAAUGCGAAGAAAAUAUUAAAAGCAUCACAUUAAAAUUAGAAGCUACCUCAGAAAAGCUGAACGAAUGUACGAAAGUUUUAAAGUCGCAACAAUUAACCGAGGAAAAUAACAACAAAAUGAUAGAGAGAUUGAAAAAACAGUUGGAAGAGAAUGAAAGAGUGAAAGAUGAAUGGACGCAGAGGAAGAAUGAAGCCGAUAAAUUAAAUCAAAAUUUGGAAAAGAAAAACAGAAUUUUGGAGAAACUGUUGAGCAAAGUGAAGCGUGAGUUCAUAGACAUGCUGAUCGACGAGAAGACAAAAAUAUUUUUAAAAGUUACAAAAGUGAACCUAGAUAACAACGAAAAUAAUAACAGUAACAACAACAACAAAAACAACAACAACAAUAAUAAUAAUAAUUAUAGUAACAGCAAUUGCAAUAAUGAAAACAUCAACGUUAAUGAUGAUAAUUGGGUCCUUGAUGAUAUCGGCAAACAAACUCAUCAAUACUUUGCUCAAAAUCAACAACAUCAACCUCAACAAAAUCAAUUUCAACAACAACAAAUACCACUACAACAUUACCAACAACAUCAUCAUCAUCAACAACAACAACGUCAACAACUACCACUACAAUCUCCAAACAUUUUCCGCCAACAAGCUAGAGUACCAUCUUUGUCUCAGCAGCAAAACAACAACAACAACUACAACGAAAAUAGAAACAAUAAUGAAUACAAAAACAACAAUAACUAUCUAUUGACAAUCAACAAUGACGUCAUCAAUAACCGUAGAAACAACAACAACAAUACCGACAUCAACAUUGCAACAAAUAACGACACGAAAGUCACCAACGACAACAGUAACACCAACAGCAACAAUAACAACUACAGCAGCGGAAACAUCAACGACUAUGACGUCAUCAACAACUACGACGUCAUCAACAGGAAUGACAUCAACAGCAACAACAACAACAACAAUGAUGACAUCAUCAGCAACAACAAUGAUGACAUCAACAACAUCGCCAACGGAUUUUUCCAGAUCGACAAAUACAUCAGGGAGGUCGCACGACUGAAAGUUCAACAUGAAUUAGAGUUGCAAGAAAUUAUGAAGAUUAAACAUUCAAUAAUGCAACAAAAACAACAGCAACAACAUCAACAACAACAUCAACAACAACAAAAGCAACAACAUCAUCAUCAACAACAGCAACAACAUCAUCAACAACAGCAGCAACAACAACAACAGCAGCAACAAUUACGACAACAACAACAACGACAACAACGAUUAACAGAAACAUCCACACCAAUGUUGGAUGCCAUCAACAACAGCAGCAACAAACUCAACAACAUCAACGACGACAUCAAUGACAACAACAACAACAACAGUCACCGCAACAUCAACAAUGGCAUUGACAACAAACGCAACAGCAACAAAAUGUUGCUCAACUUUUCGACAAACGAACUUUGCAAAAGAUUGGAAGACAGGAUGAACAGUUUAUCAAGAAAGAAAAACAACAACAACAACAACAGCAACAGUAGCCCCAUCACCAACAAUAGCACAUUUGGUAAAAACUGA